ACACAGGAAGUACUUAGGAAUAAACGUUAGCGGGCUGUAAUCAUGAAUGUAUUUUAUGGCGGUGAUUAACGGUAGCUUCAGAGUAAGCAUAUUUUUUUUUAAAAAAACGCUAAGUAUAUUAUUAAAACACAGAAGCCCAGUGUAUUCUGUGGUUGGCCCUUCGCACCUAUUUACCAGUUUUGAGUUUGCCAGGACUGCCAACCGGGAAAGAUGAGUGGUGAAGCAGAAGCCAACAAAGAGUUUGUGGAGCAACUGCGCAUGCAGGAACUCUAUAGCCAGCGAAAUGAGGAUGGCUCUGACCCCUACACCUACACCGACCCAGAGGAUGGGACUGUAUAUGACUGGGACCAUGAAAAGAAGGCCUGGUUCCCUAAAAUAACAGAGGACUUCAUUGCAGCCUACCAGGCCAAUUAUGGCUUUACUCAGGAAGGAGAUCCAGAUGUGAACAGUGCUGCAGUGAGCAGCACUGACCAGCCAGCAGCCCCGGGACCAGACAGCAAACCCCCCGAAAAGGAGAAACCUGCAGAUGCCACCCAGAACCCAAACGCAGACCAGCAUGAGACUCCAGUGAAAGAAGCCAAGCAGAAAGGGGAGAAGAGGAAAGCAGAUGCAGGAUGGUUUGAUAUUGACGACAAUAAAAACACAAACGUUUAUGUGUCAGGCCUUCCUCCUGACAUCAGCACUGAGGAGUUUGUUGAGUUGAUGUCUAAGUGUGGCAUUGUGAUGCGGGACCCUGUGACUGAAGAGUACAAGGUCAAACUCUACAAGGACAGAGAAGGAAAUCUGAAGGGAGAUGGGCUCUGCUGCUAUCUCAAGAAGGAGUCGGUGGCCUUGGCUAUGCGUCUGAUUGAUGAGUCCGAGAUCCGAGGUUACAGAAUCCAUGUGGAACCAGCAAGGUUUGAGCUAAAGGGCCAGUAUGAUGCCAGCAAGAAGAAGAAGAAGAGCAAAGAUUAUAAGAAGAAGAUGCUGCAGCAACAGAAACAGUUGGACUGGAGGCCGGAGAAACAAGGAGAACUGAGAAAGAGGCAUGAAAAAGUCGUCAUCAUCAGAAACAUGUUCCAUCCCAGUGAUUUUGAGGAAGACCCACUGGUACUAAAUGAGUAUCGUGAGGAUCUGCGGACAGAGUGUGAGAAGUUCGGCGGGGUCAAGAAGGUCAUCCUCUUUGAUAGACACCCGGAUGGCGUGGCAUCAGUUGCAUUCAAGGAGCCCGAGGAAGCCGAUGCAUGCAUUCAGUCGUUCAAUGGUCGCUGGUUUGGAGGAAGGCAGCUGUCUGCUCAGCUUUGGGAUGGAACGACGGACUAUCAGGUGGAAGAGACGACGCGAGAGCGAGAGGAGCGGCUCAAGGGUUGGUCUGCGUUCCUGGAGGGAGGUAACCAAGACCAGCAGAACAACACCGUGAAGCCAGCAGAGGGCAGCACCACCUCAGAACCCACAGCACCCUCCAGCACCACGGAGCCCGAACCGCAAACAGUCACAGAACCACAGGAACAGGAAGUGGACUCUACAGACAGCAGUCUCGCAGGAAGUGACGAUGAGGAAGCCUAAACACUUACAUGCACAUCUUUGGUCCCCAUGGCAACCAAAUUGGACAGUCUUGCAGGCAAGGAGGAGAUUUGGACAGUUUGAGCUGUUUUGUAAUGUAGAAAAAUAAAAUUAUGACUUGUUAGACUAUGUCUAUCCUAUUUUCAUCAUUUUGUUUUACAUUGUAAUUAGACCUGCACUUCACCAGCUGGUUAGCUACAGCUUUCCCCAAAUUUCUGUGUGUCAGUUUGUUGGUUUGAGUAUUGUACUGAUGAUCCUAAAAUAUUACUGAAUUACAGAAGAUAACUGAGACUGAAA